GAGGUGGAGGGCUGCAGGUGUGAGGGCGCGGCGGCGUGACGGGCGGAGAGCCGUGGCUCUCGCCGCUGUGCCCUGUUCUGUCCCGCUUUGUGGGAGUGCGGGGGUGUUACUGCUGUCGGUCACUGUGAGGGGAGCGCUGCGUCCACGGUGCCGGGCCUCAGGCCUUCGGGUCCCCCAGCCCCAGUCGGCCACACAAUCCCGUGUCUGACGAUGUGGUCAUUUUCUCAAAAUGUCACGCAAGUAAUUUAGGCGAUUUAUUCCCCAUCAGAUGCAAGCUGAUCUCGUCCCUACUAAGGACAGAGUGACUUCGUAUCUGCUGUGGCCCAGAUUUCUCAGGGAAAGAUAAAAUGUAUAAGAAGAAGAAGAAGAAGAAACAGCGAGACUCAGGGGACAGCCUCCCUUCCUCAAAACCAUCUAAGAACCCACGGCUGAAAGACCCCCAGGGAAGCCCCCAGAGCUCCAUGCUGAUGCAGUCACACCAUUCCAGAGAGUCAGAAGACAGCCCAGAACCUGCUGCCUCUGUAGAGCCAAGUGGGGAGGAAUCACAACCCGCAGCUUCCAGCUGCUUUGUGGAGGACACAAGAGCUGCCUCUGACCUCCUGGAGUCACCGGAAGAGCUGGUCCCCCUGCCUCCUUCCCAGAACUCAGGUGGGAGGUUUGUCCCCCAGUUUGCCAAACCAAAGAAGACAACAAGAAGAAAAGCCAAGGUGUGGGAAGAGGUUCCAGAGAGCUGCACCGGAAGCCAGGAAACACGGCCAGAGCUGGGUGCCCUCCAGGCAGGAAGCCAGCCAAAGAAGGAGUCCCCGAGGUUCCCUCUCCACGAUGCCCAGAGGCCAGAAGACCAGACAUGGGCAGAUGGUGCCUGCUCAGAGGAGGGGACCAUUCCACCAGAUGCUGGAAGCCUAGGGAAUAAUGACUUUGAGAUGCAGAGGGCCAGGGUUCAAGACAGUACUAGCCAGGAAAGGCACCUGUCAGAUGGUGAUGCCAAAGGGAGAGAGGCAAAUGGCAGAGCCCCACAGGAAGGAGGUGCCCAAGGAGGGGAACCCCAGGAAGAAGGCAUCCUCUACAUUUCAGCACCAGCUCCUGCCUCAGACCCCACUGUACCUGUCCCCACGCACACACACAGUAGCACAGAUGCAGCACCAAGCUGCAGCAGCCCAGCAGAUGCCUCUCUUACGGACAGUGUCAUCACAGCUGUGAGCUUAGAUCCCUCUGUGCUGCAACAGAGGGCUCCAGAGGUGGCUGGGAUGCCAGGCUCUCCAGAUGGGCAGACCCCUGGUGGAGACUGCACUGGGACUCUGCUAGGCUACACACCUCCUGCUGAGGAGACCACAGCAGGCAGAGAGGAGGUCAGGCUGGAAGAGGGGUCCCCUGGUGACAUCCUGGCAAGCCUCACUGAGACUGCAGUUCCCGAGAAAGAAGAGCCCCUGGUGGAUGCUGGAGAUCCAGAUCAUAUAGAACAGGAAAUGGGUCCCGCUGUCAAGACCAAGGACCCUGACUCUGAUGGACAGUUGCCAGGAGGGAUAGGAAUGCUGCCUUUGAACCAAAAGGUAGUGGAGUUAAGCAGCCUAAACUGUCAUCGAGACUUUGAGGGCCUCAGCUUGUUCCCUCAUACCUCCUCUCAGCUAGAGCAUAGUUAUGCAGCUAGUGACCCUCCCCAGAGGAAGGCCUGUCAUAGCAGUCCAGGAAUUCCCAUAGACCUGGCAGGACAGCAGCCAUCAGUUCCCAGUUCUAGAGAUCAGGCUGCAUGGCAGGAGUCCUCAACAAUGGAACUAGACUUCCUGCCCGACAGCCAGAUCCAAGAUGCCCUGGAUGUCCCCAGUGUGGAGGCUCUACCUGAGCAGGGUUCUCCUGCAGGGAAUGUUCCAGGCCUUAGCUGGCCUGUCUCUAGCCCAGAUGCCAUCGGAGGAUCCCCAAAGGUAGUGACCAAAGCUCAUCCCAGCAGACCAGCGGCGGGGACCUGGGUCCAAGAGGCCUGCAGGAUGCAAGAUGCCACAGACACAGUGCGUGGCCUCGUGGUGGAGCUCUCCAGUCUCAACCGGCUGAUUAUGAGUACCCACCGGGAACUGGAGGCCUUCAAGCGCAGGAAAGCCAAGCCUCUGCCUUACCUGACAAAGGGGUUGGGGAGCCUUGCUAGAGGGGAUCAGGGCUGGAGGGACCUGUAGGCUGUUCCAGCCUGGACCCCCCCAAGCCCUCUGGGCCUUUGGGGGUCAGUUUACCUGGGCUCCCGUCCUCUGACAGCAGGCCCCUACCACAGGUGCUCAUCCAGCUUCCAGAGCCUCCUGAGCUGAGAUGCAGUUGCUUUUCCGUUUGUUUCGGGAGGCGAGAGGUGCUCUUUGUUCUUUUCCGUUUUGUCCAUGUUACUUUUGGGA